GGUGGGGGCGGGGCGAGUAACCCGCGGAGCCAGAAGAGGGAGGAAAGGAGAUGAGAUUUCAUCAUGUUGGCCAGCCUGGUCUCAAACUCCUGACCUCAAGUGAUCCGCCUGCCUCAGCCUCCCAAAGUGCUGGGAUUACAGGAAUUUAGUGAUUGACAAUGGCAGAAAAAAUCUUAGAGAAGUUGGAUGUCCUUGAUAAGCAAGCAGAGAUAAUCUUGGCCAGAAGAACAAAGAUAAACAGGCUUCAGAAUGAAGGAAGAAAAACAACUAUGGCUAUACCCCUGACAUUUGAUUUUCAGUUGGAAUUUGAAGAAGCUCUUGCUACAUCCGCGUCUAAGGCAAUAUCAAAGAUCAAAGAAGACAAGUCAUGCAGCAUUACAAAAUCAAAAAUGCAUGUCUCUUUCAAAUGUGAGCCUGAACCUAGAAAGAGUAAUUUUGAAAAGUCAAAUUUAAGACCAUUCUUUGUUCAAACAAAUGUAAAAAAUAAAGAAAGUGAGUCAACAGAGCCAGUAGAAGAACAUCUAAAAUCAAGAUCUAUUAGACCCUAUCUUUAUCUUAAGGAUACAACUGAGAUGGAAAAUGCAGGGCGUUUGAAUGUUCUAUAUUCACAGCAUAGACAAGCAGGUAGAAGAUCACUGGGUUCUGCAGACUUUUCUCCUAUGUUCAACAUUCAGUCUAAUGCUCAUGAAAAGGAAAAAGACUCUACUUUAUUUACAGCUCAAAUUGAAAAAAAACCUAGGAAACCAUUGGAUUCUGUUGGUCACUUAGAAGGUGAUAGAAAUAAAAGGAACAAAAGGACACAAAUCCCAUAAUUUUCCAUGACACAGAAUAUGUACGAAUGUUACUUUUGACAAAAAAUAGAUUUUCUUCUCAUCCUUUGGAAAAUGAAAACAUUUACCCACAUAAAAGAACAAAUUUCGUUUUAGAAAGAAAUUGUGAAAUCCUCAAAUCUAUAAUUGGCAAUCAAUCUAUUUCUCUUUUCAAACCCCAAAAAACUAUGCCUACAGUACAGAGAAAAGAUAUACAGAUCCCUAUGUCUUUUAAAGCGGGCCACACAACUGUAGAUAAUAAAUUAAAGAAGAAAACUAAUAAGCAGGCACUAGAAAACAGAUCUUGGAAUACACUCUAUAAUUUCUCACAGAAUUUUUCUAGCCUAACAAAACAAUUUGUGGGUUACCUUGAUAAAGCUGUUAUUCGUGAAAUGAGUGCCCAAACUGGAAAAUGUGAAAGAAUGUUUUCUGCAGGAAAACCAACGAGCAUACCCAUAUCCAGUGCCUUACCUGUCAAAUGUUACUCAAAGCCUUUUAAAUAUAUAUAUAAACUAAAUAAUGUAACACCACUGGAUAAUUUGUUAAACUUAUCAAAUGAAAUUUUAAAUGCCUCAUAAAAUAUCAUGUAUGCAGCAAUAUUUGAGUAACAAGAAGCAAAUAUCCAAGUUCCAAAAUUAUAAAAGAAAUUCUUAUCCAAAUAGUAAUGUUCUAAUUGAUCAUAUAAGAAAGCAAAGCAUAGACAUUAGAAUUAUAAGUCACCAGUGGUCUGUUCAAGAACAAUCAACAUUUUUAGAAAAUAAUAGGACAAAAUUAGGAAAUAAUUAUCACCAAGAGGAUCUAGUUCAUGACUUUCUAUUAUCUCAAUUAGAUUGCUCAAUCAUCAGCCUUCCUAUACUAAACUCUGAUUCAGGACCAAGAAAGGCAUAGUCUGACUCUGGAAAUGCGCUGUUGGAAGCCAAAUAACAUCAAUACUCUUGUUCUAUAAUUGAAUAUCAAAUAAGACAAAUUACCUUUAAUUUAAUGACUGUGGAGUUAAUCGUAUACCAGCAUUUCAGCAAAUCAUCAUCAAUAGUAUUACAUUAGCAAUUUAUGCAAUUAAAAAGGCUUUGUAAAACUUUGAAUAGAUUUUAUUGUUGUUAGUAGAUGUUGGAACUUCAUUACUAUAUAAUGUUUUUGCAAACUUUAACUUUUUUCUAAAUUGUUAAAUAAAAGAAUAACUAUCCUUAAUCUAAAUAAUUUUGGUAGCAAAUCCAAUAAGGUAUUAAACAUUUUAAGGUAUAUUAUUACAUUGCUAUUUUACUGUUUCUCAUUAACCCAAACAGUUUAAAGGCAGAAUUCAACUUAGAAACACGUUGCAUUUUGAAAGUUUAUUUGUAAUCCAUUUGUUUGGAAUUCAGAAAUGUAUUUCACAUAAAAAUAAUCUUGGAAGUAAUAAAUUCCAAAAUUAACUAACAAAAGCUUACUUAAAAUUUUAUCCCAUAGAGCUUAUGUGAAAAUCGUAAAAAACAAAAACUUUGUAAUUCCAAUAACUAAUAGAGAAAACUGAGUAAGGAAAGAAUUUUUCAAUCUUGACUGUUACUACUUGAAGAGAAACAGAUUGAAUUAAAUGCAUUUAAGUUAAGAAAAGGCUUUCGGGGUUCUUUUGGAACAUUUAAGGGUGAGGAGGUAAACUGGUUUAGGUUCCUCUGCUUCUACUUCAGACUGGAGAUUUUCUUUAUUGUGCAUAAUCAUCAAUACCACUCAGGAGCAUCUUUACAACGAGAGGGAGGUUUGGACUCUCAAAAAGAAUGACAAGGAGAGAAAAAUGGAGAUGGAGGAAGAGAGAUGUACCUGGAGAUUGUGUGAAUGAGAGAAGAGAAAGAGAGAGAAGCUUCGAGAUAAGGUGUUGGGCUCGGGUCUGUAGGAGGUAGGGAAGGGGCAUACCAGGUUCCCUUGCUUUCAGUUGCUGCCUGGGAAAAGGAGAAGCUGCUGCAGCUCCAAGUCAUGAAGCUGUCUUUCUCUUUUCCCCUUCAUUCUUUUCUGGUUGCUGUUAUACGUUCUCCCCGUUUUCCCUCCAUCCAGACUUACUGCAAAGCAGAACAGCUUCCCUAACUACAUUGCCAACUUAGAACAUAAAACACAAACUCUUUUUAAGCACUAACGAUCAGAAUAACAAGAAUUAGAAAAUAUACCUAAUAUUAGUACUAGUCAUGAUGGUAGUUUCUGUUGAUACUUAGUAUCAGAGAAGCAAGUUUGGGCCUUGGAAUAGGGCAGAUAGGAGCAAAUUGGGGCAAAUAAUGUAAAUUAUCUGCGCUUCAGUUAAAUUGUAUCUCCACUUAAAAUGGAGACAACAAUAAUUUAUUACACUGCUAUUCUCAGGAUUAAAUAAAAUAGCAUCUAGUACUUUGAGCCUUGUAGCAUUCAAUGGAAAUUUCCUUUCUACUCCCUCCCUUUCCGUGUAAGCCUGCUCUUAAUGUAAAUGUGACUUCUUUUCUUUCUUUUUUUUUUUUUUUCUUUUUUGAGGUGGAGUCUCGCUCUGUCACCCAGGCUGGAGAGCAGCAGUAGUGCGAUCUCGGCUCACUGCAACCUCUGCAUCCCGGGUUCAAGCCAUUCUCCUGCCUUAGUCUCCCAAGUUUGCUGGCACACACCAGGUGUGUGCCACCACGCCUGGCUAAUUUUUGCAUUUUUAGUUGAGACGGGGCUUUUACCAUGUUGGCCUCAAGUGAUCCACCCACCUUGGCCUCCCAAAGAGCUAGGAUUACAGGAGUGAGCCACCACGCCCAGCCAGUGUAAUUUCUAAAAAGAUACUCCCAAAAGUCUCUCACUCCAAUCUUUUCUAAAUUAAAUGCUAAAAACCACAGUAUUCAGAUUUUAACCCAAGGUGGGCUGAAACUACUACUGAGAAUUUCUGUAUUAGUUAUUUUUGGGAGUUUCUGCUGGAGCUUGUGAGCUUUAUCCUUUAAGAAGGCACUAAAUUAACUUUAAAAUUACAUUUGGCUAAGGAUUCUCCAUUAAAGCAGCUCAAGAAGAAGGAGCAGUGGAUUCUGAGAAGAUGACAACCUAAGCUCUACUCCAGCUUUAAUCUAUCAUCUCCUAAACUAAACAGCUACUAGGGUCUUCAAGCAGCAGAGUGCAAGGCCAGACUUGGUUUCUAUUCUGAUACUGAGAUCUGAGUAUGGCCUUGGAGGCCAGUCUCUGUUCCAGGGAGAGGAUGGAGUUUGUGCUGUUUCCUGGACUAGUUGGGAUCUGUGGAUUACUCUAGGUAAAGGUUGUCUUUGUCCCUCUGUAAAUGCUCCUGGUCUUAUUGGCCCCUAGGAUGCCAAAAAGGAGCCACUAUGUCUAUCUAUAAGAUAGCUGGGAAACCAGAGAUCCAUGAAUUUUCUUUCAAAUGUCUCAUCGGGGGACUGUGGUCUGCUUACUUCUGUUAAAUUAAAUAAGCAGGAGGCCAUUUGCCUGAGGUUGUCUCUGUACUUUGAGUUUUUAUAUAACAAACUGCAACCUAAUUUCAUACAUAAGCAAACUGAAACUUAGGAGUAUAAUAAAUAGUUGAGUUUCAUCUGAUCACAAGCAGCCAGAUUUCAGCCAGGUUUCUGCCAAUCAUAGGCAGCCAACUCAUCACACCAAGCUCAAAUAAGGCAGACACUUAGCUGUAGCCAAUCAGGUGAUUUCUCCAUUUUGCUUCUGUGUUCAGCCUAUAAAAGCUUCCUACUAACAAUGCUAAGCAGAAUCCUUUGUACCUCUUCUGGUUCUGAGUGCUGCCCAAUUCAUGAGUUGUUCUUUGUUCAGAUAAACUGUGAAAUUUAAUUUGUCUAAAGUUUUUCUUUUAACAUUUUUAUAGUACCAGCCCACAGUGGGCAAGGCAUUUGCCUUCCACCCCUUAUAGAACUGUGGUCACUAAGGUACUACAAUAAACAGAGCUGAACUUCCCUGAGCCAACUAGAAAAAAUAAUAACCCAUGUAAAGGACCUAGCAGCCAAAUGUUUUUAUCUUGACACAUAAUGGUCUUGGAGUUAAUUAAUAUGAUGAUUAAAAUGUAUUUAUCUG